AUGCCCGCAACUCCCCGACAGAAGGCUUGCAUUGCCUGUGCAGAUUCCAAGCGCAAAUGCGACAAACAGCUUCCCGAGUGCCGACGAUGCCUAGACAGGGACGUUGAUUGCGUCUAUCCGCAGCGUAAGCGACGGCACAGAGUUCCUGUUCCGCGACACAGCCAACCUGCAGAGCCCGCCGCCAUUCUAAACUUUGCCCACGACGAUGGUCCGCAAAGCAAUGUUGGGUUUGGUCACUGGGGCUCGCUAGAGUUGACCAACGUCGAUCCUUCUCUUCUGGAUGUAGUGCUACCAUACGUUCCUACACUGCCGACGCCAUAUUCCAAUUUAUCAGCUGGGCGUUUUCGUUUUGAGGACGGCAGCAACUCCGACUUACCUUGUCCGUGGUUCCUCGAGGAUGAAACCUGGGUCUUACGGCAGUGUAACCAAGAGGUAAAUUGCGUGACUAAUGUGCAGCUGGAACCUCUCAUUCAUGCCGUAGAGGAGAUGCUGCAAUCGUGGGUCAAGAAUGGAUUCAAUAGCUUCAUUCAUCGGCGACUGUACGAAAAUGGCAUGCCAACAUGUCUCCAAGAUGCUUUUACGACGCUUGCAGCAUACACCAGUCGGACAUCAGCCGUGAAAGAGAUAAUGCUACAGAUCACCGAAGAUCGUGCGUCUGCUCUCGUCGCCAGUCAGAACCCACCAAGUCCUGGCAGUGCACAAAGCAUACCGGCUCACCUAGCGCGAGUCCAAUCUCUGUUUAUCUAUGAGUUUAUUCUGCUAUUUGAUGGCUCAGUGCGCGGGCGCGCCUCUGCUGAGAAAAAACUCCCAGUCCUUCGCCGGUGGAUGGAUCAGAUGUGGCAAUUGAUGAAACGAUAUCGAGUGAAGGGCAUUUCUUCGAGCUUCCGACCUCUGCGAUGGACGGCAACUGAAUUUGACACGGAAUAUGACGCUUAUUCGGAGAUGUGGAAGCUAUGGAUCUUGGUUGAAAGUGUUCGACGAUCUCACCUCAUCAUCGAUACUAUCGCCAAUGUUUACCAGACUAUGACGAAAGGAUCAGCCGAAUGCUCUGGGGCUGCUAUGUUCACUGCGCGCCGUGGAGUAUGGGAAGCUGAAUCAGCAGCGCAAUGGUUUGAACUGUGUUGUUCAAAAUCCACGCUUCUAGUGCCGUCUCUGCAGCCGGAGCCUUUGAUUUCGCAGUAUGCCGCUGAGGAAAUCGAUGAUUUUGCGAAGUUGUACUGGACAUUUAUAGUCGGCAGUGACAAGAUGCAAUGUUGGAAAGAUAGGAGAAGUAAAGAAAGUCGUAUUAAUAUAACCACCUCAUAA